GCGCCGGAGGAGGGCGGCGCGUGGCUGACUCAUCCCUCUGGAAGAUCAGACUGACAGACACCAGCCCUCGCCGAACCCGCCCGCCCGCGCCGCUCCUCCUCAGGCGGGAGGCGCCCGCCCGCACCGCCCGCCCGCCCUCUCCGGGAGCCCUCCCAGCCCGGCCUCCUCAGAGAAAGUUUUUCCCGUCGGAGGGACCGGAGCCGCCGCGGGCCUUUUGGAAGGGAAGGGGGACGGCAGAGGAGGCGACGGCGGCGCGGGCUCGGGGAGUGCAUGGUGCCCGGCGCCUCGGCUGCCUGUCAGGAGGACCUCGGGGCGGGGUCGGGCUGAGCCCAGCUCCUUCUUGUCCGCUCAGCCUCGCCAGAAAUCGCCCUCCCGGACUGCCGCGGGGGUCUCUGCUCCUCAGCCCGCCAUGUCCCGGCUGCUGCCGCUGCUGAGGAGCCGGACCGCGCGCAGCCUGAGGCCGGGCCCGGCCGCCGCGGCCGCCGCGCCCCGCCCGCCGUCCUGGUGCUGCUGCGGGCGGGGGCUGCUGGCGCUCGCGGCCCCCCGCGGCCCCCGGGGGCUGGGCACGCACCCCAAGAAGGAGCCCAUGGAGGCGCUGAACACGGCGCAGGGCGCGCGCGACUUCAUCUACAGCCUGCACUCCACCGAGAGGAGCUGCCUGCUCAAGGAGCUGCACCGCUUCGAGUCCAUUGCCAUCGCCCAAGAAAAAUUGGAAGCUCCACCACCCACCCCAGGACAGCUGAGAUAUGUAUUCAUCCACAAUGCGAUACCUUUCAUAGGGUUUGGCUUUUUGGAUAAUGCAAUUAUGAUUGUUGCAGGAACCCAAAUUGAAAUGUCUAUUGGAAUUAUUUUGGGAAUUUCAACUAUGGCAGCUGCUGCUUUGGGAAAUCUUGUGUCAGAUUUAGCUGGACUUGGACUUGCAGGCUACGUUGAAGCUUUGGCUUCCAGGUUAGGCUUAUCAAUUCCUGAUCUCACACCAAAACAAGUUGACAUGUGGCAAACACGUCUUAGUACACAUUUGGGCAAAGCUGUUGGGGUGACUAUUGGCUGCAUUCUAGGAAUGUUUCCUUUGCUUUUCCUUGGAGGAGGUGAAGAAGAUGAAAAACUGGAAGCGAAAAAUUAACCCUCUUAGAAUACCUAUAAAAAGAUGUAAACUAAUGUACCUCAAUUAUUAAAUAUGCUGUCACAACGUUUAGGAUUUAAGACAGUUAACAGUGUAUAGAUAUGGGAUCAAAUAAUUCAGCAUGUAUUAUGGAAAACACUAACUUAUUGUGGCUUGGUUUUCUUAGGACAUCUUUUUAAAAACACUGUUUACUAUCAUUUUGUGUAAAUUGUUGAAAUGCUUGUUCAUCAAUGGCAGUCAAGAUUUUACCUUUUCCUUCUCUUUCUUUAUAUAUCAAAAUAUCAUUUAAGUAUCAGUCAUUGAUGUACUGUACUGACUUGGGGUUUGCUUAUUUGUUACUUAACAUGUGUACAUGCAUGAAAGCAUUUUUUGUUGUUGCUGUUAUUGUUGUUAUUCCCUAUAGUUACAAUUCAACCUUAAGAUUUUUUCCAAAUUACUUAAGAUGUUUAAUACCAGUUAAAGAUUUUUUUUGGCACCAUCAAUUUUGUACUGGUUCACAGUAAACAUUUACAAUCAUAUUUCAGUCAUUUUUUUAAACUCACACAUCUAUUCAAGAUGGAUGCAGACGUUAAGUAUUUUAAGUAUUUAUCACUCACUUUAAUUUUCUGACCUUACUGUGUCAAGAGCCAAAGGUUAAUGAGAAUGAGCAAUUAUGUAGUCUCCCUACUACAUAAAACCAUAUAUGUUAAUGAGUGUAUUCUUUGGAGCUGAUGUUUUUACUUUUACUUUUCAAUUUUGAGUAAUUACAUGGUAGUUUCUGACUGCUGAGGGGAAAAAAUGAUUAUUUUAGGAUACUUUUAAUGGAGAUUAUGGAAUCAGGGUGAACUAAGGGGUUUGAUGUGACACUUGGAAAUUAAGAGGCUAUAAAAAUUUUUUUUCAAGAAGUAGAAAAUGGGAACUGUCAAGAAAGUUUAUGAUAUAAGUGGUGAAAUUGAAAUGAUGUUUGUCAAGUUAAUGAGAUAACAAAUUAUAUUGUUUGGGACGGAUUUUUUUUUUCCCCAAAGCGUCGUCUUCUCAUCUGAAUUGAAUGAGUCUGAGUACUCCAUACUCAUAAUCCUGACGUCAUUGUAUCUUGUUUAGUGAAUUUUAUUUCUGGAUAACUUCUUUUGAGGUUUAACUAAAUAUUUUAUGUUUUGCUUUUGGCUGUAUAUAGUCUAGUAGUCAAAUGUUACACGAGGAGAAAUCCUUUCUCCCUCUUUUGGUCUUUUUUCUUUUGUGAUUUUUAAAUCAUAUUCUAGGUUGAAGUUACUUAUUUCCAGUCUUGUAUAUGGCACAUAACAACAAAAUAUAUCUGACUUAAGUAUAAUUGUGUAUGAAUUAUAAAUUUUAAUUUUAUGAACCCUCACAGUUUGUUAGUAUGUGGUCUAUUACACAUGCUAAAAAAUUACUCUUCUAAGAGUAAAUACAUCAUGGAGGAGAAAAACUGAAAUUAAAAUUACUAUUUGGGCUACUGAAAUUAUGUUGCUAAAUAGAACCAAAAGAAAGGAAACUUGUAAGAUGGCUGUAUUUAUAGCUACCUUAUUUUAAAGUUUUAGUUGCACAUAUUUACUUUGAGUUCUUAUUUCAGAGGAGCUGUUUUUUCCCAUAAGGCAACUUGUCAUAAAUUCUCUUCUGUGCACUUCAAAAUAACUUAGUGCUAUCCUUUAAUCAUAGAUUUUUGAGGGAAAAAAAGAAAAUAAAUCAUACAGUAUAAAAAUAAAUAUGUAACAUUCUUCCUAUGGAUAAAUAAUAUGACAAUCUCGUUUGAUCAAAUUAGAAUUAUAGAACUUGACAUCUUAAACAGAAUUGUGGUUUGUAUCUUCCACAUAAUACCACACACAAACCAAAAAAAUUUUUAUUAUUAUUUCAAAUGAUAGGAUUAGAGUAUUAUUUUUAAAAAAUUUUUGUUUGUAAAUGUUUAAGUACUUUUGUUGCCUAACUUGUAUUUCCUUCUUAUUAAUUAAAUCCCAUAUCCACAAAACUUGCCUGUGAGUUUAGAAAGGGCUUUUGACUUUUGGUUUCUCUGUUUUGCUCUUGAAAAUAACCCAGUCCUACAGAAUCUUUCAGCUUAGCUGAACGUCUGCAGAAUUAUUUAAGGUGUCAAAACAUGGAAUAUAUAACCUUCAUAUUGAAAGAUAUUUUAAUUUAUGCACUCAGUAAAAAUUUGCGUCCUUCAUUUUCAAAAAAUGGAGCCCUUUUGUCUUUAACCUAAGGUACACAUUUUUUCAAGAUCUUAUUCUAAACUAGUAUGGUGCUUUGCACAAAGUGAUUUCUGAAAAAUUGUUCCCUUUAAGAUAAUGACUUCAUAUAAUCAUUGUUUCAUGUUACUUGUCGCAAAGAACCUUAUUUCAGAUUGAAACUGGAAUUCUUCUCAUAUUAGCUAUCUUUAUGGGGAGCACUACAGCUAUGAUUAAAUGCAACAUGAGCUACUUUAGUACUGUUCGUUUGAAAUUCCUGUUGUCCAUGUAUUAUGACUUAUUGACUUGUUGAUGCAUGUAAAUUGGGUGCAUUUUGUUGACACUGUGUUAUAUGGUGACCAAUGUUUUUACAAAGAAAUUGAACAAAAAGAAAUCUU